GUUUCAAAGAAUCGAGAAGGCAGUGUGUUUGGCCUUGGCAGAUUUGUUCAAAAAGUGUGGACGAAUAAUACCGCGAAGCGAAGGCCAAAGUGCCGAUCCCGGAAUCAAAAAUGCGAGCAGUGAUUCCAUGGGCGGAGGGUGAACUGCAAACGUUGGCGGCUGAUCCUCAUUCAAGAGUAUUUUCAGACCUGAGGAAAAUAACAGUCGUGCUGCAGCCAUUUCAUCUUCAAGAUUUGAAGACCGCCGUUCGGGAUCUGUUGAAUGCGAGCGUGAAUUGUUACGACAAGUCGUUGGAUGGCAUCUUUUUGGGCUAUGACAAGUUGAAAGUUCUUAGCAAAUCAGCCUCCGUUUCUGCUGAAAGCAGUGGGGUUGCCAUUGAAAUUCAAGCAAACUUCUAUUCUUUUCGUCCUGAAAUUGGCUGUGUUUUGAAAGGCAUAGUUAACAAAAUCAGCAAUGACCAUGUUGGUAUUUUAGUUUACCAGCGGUUCAACAUUUCAUGCCCCCGACCAGGAUCAGAUGCUAAAUCAGCAAAGUGGAUUGGUAACAAAGUUGUAAUGCACCAAGAAGUCAUCUUUAAACUGAAAGAGAAGAAUUUCAGCGGUAAACUUCCUUUCUUUAAAGGAAAAAUAAUGGAUAUCGGGAAUGUUGUCACUGGAUUGAAUGAGCAAGACAAAAAACCUAAGAAGAAGUCGAAGGAAAUUGUACCUGAUGAAUCUAAUUCAACUGAAACUUCUAGUCAAGUUACUAAGAAGAGCCGCAAGCACAAGCUGGAUCAGUCAAAUGAAAAUAUAGAAGUAAAAGCUAAAAAAUCCAAAAAGGAGGUCGAGACUUUGAAAAGACCGGUAGAGAAGGAUGCUGAUGUUUCUGUUGCUGCAUCAGAGUUAUCUUCAUCUAAAAAGAAAAAGAAGAAGGUUAGCAUAGGCUCAGUAGAUGAAACAGAUUUCAUUCCAAGAUUUUCAUUAGAUGUCAGCCAAUUGCCUGAGGAUUUGCCUCCCCCAAAUGCAGAUUCUACUCAUUUUGAUUUAACUAAGAACCUUUCUGUAAGCUUGAAACAGGACAAAAAGAAGAAAAAAGCUAAAAGUUCUGAUUUAACAGCAAUCGGAGAGGAAUCAGCCGAUGGAUCUAAAGUUAAUUCUAAACUUACUGAUAAGAGUCAACAACCAAGUGAAGAAAAGCCCAAGAAGAAAUCGAAGACCAGCAUUCAAGAACCUAGUCCUUCUGCUAGUGAAGAUGCUCAUUCAGUUAAGACACCCAAGAAAAAGAACUUAAAAGAGACAGUUGAAUUGAAUUUACUGCCCUCUAGUUCUAAGAAAAUUUCCAAGCAAGCAGAGGCUACUGCUAAAAUUGUUGAGUCCCCUUCUGUGAAAGAUAAAAAAUCCAAAACAGCAAAAAGUGUUAACGAUUCUCAGCUGAGUGCUGUACCUCAAAAUGAUACCCACCAUAGCAAAGGAAGCAUUAGUAUUGAAGUAAAGAACCCACUUUCACCAUUGAAAGACAAGAAAAAGUCUAAAGAGGAUAAAACUUCACCAACCAAGGAAAAGAAGUCAAAAAGAGAGAAGUCUCCUAGUAAAGAAAAGAUGAAGGAAAUUUCAAGUUGUAGCCUGACAUCAGAAGACCUUUUUCCUCCUGGGCAGAGGUCAUUUAGAGCAUCACCCAAGAAACAAUUUUCUCCCCGUAAAGAUAGCAUAGCUCAUUCUCCGGAACUUGAAUACUUUUCUGUGAGUAGGAGUAUGAUGGACUCUGAGCUAGGUACUAGAAGUAGUGGGGGACAGGUUCGUUUGAUGUUUGGAAGUCUGGAAGGCAAGAUUCCUGGUCCUCCUGAAAGCCCCAUCAAGUCCUCAGCUGCCAAGAAGGUGGAUAGUGACAGUGAUUCAGACCCCCCACCACCCAAAAAGUUGGCCAGCCCCAUCAAGUCCUCAGCUCCCAAGAAGGUAGAAAGUGACAGUGAUUCAGACCCCCCACCACCCAAAAAGUUGACCAGCCCCAUCAAGUCCUCAGCUGCCAAGAAGGUGGAUAGUGACAGUGAUUCAGAUUCUACACCUCCCAAAAAGUUGGUUAUUUCAUCAAAAUCUAAAGACUCCAGUGAUUCGUCUGAUGCAGAAAAUGGGCUGGCUGCUGUUCGAGCGAAGAUGGCGCCACGGAAACUGUCUGAAGAUGAUUCUGAUAACAGUGAUUUUGAGACUGCGGUCCAAAACAGACUUCUUCUGUCUAUGGGUGUUAUGCAAUCCCCUUUCAAAACUGCCACACCAAUUGUGAAUCAUGGCUCUUCUGAAUCAGAAAGUGAUGGGAGUUCAGAUGAAGACAGGUUGCCUCGCAAGGUCGCAAAUAUGAAUAGUGCUAAAACUGAGCAUGUUCCUAAAGGUACACAGAAUCAAACCAAAGGACAAGAAAGUGAUAGUGAUGAUGAUUUGGAUGCAAUAAGAGCUGCCAUGCUGAAAGUAGCAGAAAACAAACAGACUAAGAACAAACCCAGUAAAAGCAAGCCAUCCAAGUUGGCUCCUAAUGCUGCCUGUUCUAAAAUGUCCAGUCCUGAGAAAAAAUCAAUAUUGAAGAAAAGUGAGAAUGUUUCUCAGAAGAAUUCCAAACCAAAUGAUGAAAGUGACAGUGACAUAGAUGUUAUCAAAUCUGCUAUGGUGAAGGUUAAGGAGAUGGCAUCAAGUGAGUCCUCUCUUCCCAAAGCCACACGGGGGAAGAAGUUAAAAUCUGAGAAUCAGGAUGUGCCAGCCAAAAAGUCCAAGGCUGCUUCUGCAGAGAAAUCCAAGUUGAAGCUUGAUAAUAAGAUUUCAACAAAUGUUUCCCAGGAAUCUUCCAAAGAUCUGAAGAACAAACCUGACACUGAUGAUUCAGACAACGAUGAGGUACUGAAGACUGCCAUGCAAACCUUGGCUCCAGUUAGCAAAAAGGAGAAAUCGAAGGCAACCCCUGUCAAGAAAUCUCAACUGAAGUCUAGUGAAAGUAUUUUAACAAGUGUUUUCAAAGUGAACACACCUGACUCAGAUGAUUCUGAUGAUGGCGAAAAUGAAAUAAUGAAGGCUGCUGUCCAGGCAGCGCUUAAAACCAAACUUGAUCAAAAGUCCAAACGUGAAAAUGCGAAUGCUUUAAUUAAGAAGACUAAGGCAGCUCCUGCUGAAAAAACUAAGCCGAAGCAUAGUACUAAGACUGAUUUGAAGAACAUACCUGACAAAGAUGAUUCAGAUGAUAAAGUUAAAAAUCAGGCAUUGAAGGCAGCUAUACAAAGCUUGUCUCCAGAUCGCAAAAAGGAGAAAUUAAAGGUAUCCCCUGUCAAGAAAUCUCAACUGAAGUCGUGUGAAAGCAUUUCAACAAGUGUUUCCAAAGUGACUUCUAAGGGUCCGAAGAUCACACCCGACUCAGAUGAUUCUGAUGACGGCGAAAAUGAAAUAAUGAAGGCUGCCAUCCAGGCAGCACUUAAAGCCAAACUCGAGCAAAAGUCCAAACGUGAAAAUGCAAAUGCUUUAAUUAAGAAGACUAAGGCAGCUCCUGCUGAGAAAACUAAACUGAAGCAUAGUUCUAAGACUGACUCUAAGAACAUACCUGACAAUGAUGAUUCAGAUGAUGAUGCUGAAAAUCAGGUGUUGAAGGCUGCCAUGCAAAAUUUGACUUCAGUUAAGAAGGGGAAAGAUAAGACUGCGAAAGGAAAGAAGAUACUUAACAAGAGUGAACCUGAGCCUUCUGAAAAAUCAAGUUUGCCUCGUGUUUCAAAUAUUAGUGGCAUAUCCGAUGAUUCUGACUCUGGCCCAGAUGAUGUUAACACUACACGCAGUAUUGAGGAAAUGAGGCAGAGACAAUCUGCAGCCAAAGCAGUGAAACCAGCCAAGAACCGGAAGAAUUCUGACGGUGAAAAGUCAUUGAUGGUCAACAGUUCAAAAUCUAGUUCAAAGAAGAACAAACCAAAUGAUAAGUCAGCUUUGGCUGACAUGCAAAGUGAUUCUAAAAAAGGCAAAACUUCUAAAGGAAAUACUAGUAAAAGGAUACCUAAUAGUGAAAAGAAUCAGAAACCUAGGGGUAAGAAAAAAGCAGGAUCAGAUGAUGAAAUAUCCAAUGUGAUGCAAAGAUUAUUGAAAAAAGCUCAAUUGGGCAAGUUGUAGACGACUUACCCCUCCAGCUUGAAUUCCCUUCCGCCCCCUCCCCAAAUCACUAUUUUACUGAAUUUUUGAGUACAAAUAUUUCAAGUGAGUAGAGAAUUUUAUUUUUGACGCGUAUGUUGAAUAUCAUUGGUGUGUUUUUCAUUGCAAAUCCAGUAAUUGUUAUUUUUGUGCAUAAGGUUACAUCUUCUGUUAAAGUGUCAUAUUGUUGUGUUACAUUUGGAGACAACUAUGCAUCUCCAAUUUUUUUUUUAAAUAUAUUUUUGUAAUGAAGUGCAAUAUACUGUGUCAUUUAUGUUAUGUAUUAUAUGUUUUGUUUGUUUUGCCUUCUUGCAUUGUGACAAAUUGCACAGAUAGAUUCAUCAAUUUUAUUGCUAAGUUCAUGGUAUUGUUGACUGACUAAUUAGGUUUUAUGUUCUAUGGUUUGGGAGAUCUCAGAUUGCUACGAAAUGAAUUCCUGCUGUUUCAUGGCACACACGCAAAUUGUAUUUUUCGUGAUUGUUCUUUAUGAAAAUGUUCAAAUGUAAAGGAAGUAAAGAGCAGCGUGCACUUUAAUUAUA